GCCGCGCGCGGCGGGGUUCGUGCAGCGAGCGCCGAGGCUGCCCGACCCACGGCGGGGAGCAGGUGGCGCCGCCGCAUCCCCGCUCCGCGGCGGCUGCGAGGGCGCUGUCUCGGGCAGAUAGAGCAUCACCCGCCUGGCCGGGGCGGGCGGGGUUCCCGGCAGGGGCGAGCCGCCGCCGUCGCCUCAGCCACCCGCCUCUGGAUGAGCCGCGGGGAGGCCCGUAACGGCGGCUCCGCGUCGCGUGAGGAGGCUCCCGCCGCAGCCGCGCGUCCCUGGAGCCCACGGCGGGCCCGGGCACGGCGGAGGAGGGCCGCGCGGGGCAGCGGGGGCCGCGGCCGCGCCGUGAGCAUCGCCUGCCACAGCCCCGGGCUCGCCUUUCUUUAAGUGACUGCAGCUGCUCUACAGAUCUCUGUGGUUUUUAAGAAGACGUUACAUUUUUCUUUAUCUGCCUUUUUGGAGUCUCUCUCUGGGCUCCUGUGGUGCAGUGAGGUUGCACUUACUCCUUUAUCGGGUUUUGCGGAGCUCCUUGGUUUUCUGUUGUGUCUUUCUCCCUUUCAUUUCAAAGGAAUUCUCUGUGUUUUUAAAUCUACUUUUUCUAUUUUUGUGUAGAAAACUGUUUCAGGGAGCAUCAGCCAGCCUAAAAGGCUUUUAAAAGGAAGCAACCAGCAGCAGCGACCAGUACCCUCACAAUGUGGACUUUUCUGGGUAUUGCUUCCUUCAUCUACGUGUAUAAGAAGUGUGGGGACCUGAUGACUUACGCUAACAAGGAGGUGCUCCUGUCUGUGUUGGUGUUUUUCUCGCUUGGCUUGCUGCUAUCAUACAGGUACCGCUUCAGAGGGCCCAGGCAACAGCAGCAGAAGUCCCACUUGGGGAUGUUUUCUGAUGUUCUUGCAGCUCUACCACUUGUUGGCUUCUUCUGGGCCAAACCCACCCGAGGAUCUCAAAGAGUUGAGCAACUCAAAUUGCGAAAGGGCAGAAGAGAAGUAAACUUCUCAGAUUUACAUAUGACAGAGACUGCUGCAAGUACAACAUUAUCAUCCCAGUAUGAUCCAGAAAUUAUCAUUGUGGGUUCAGGUGUCCUUGGUUCUUCUUUGGCUGCGGUGCUCUCAAGGGAUGGAAGGAAGGUGACUGUCAUAGAGAGGGAUCUGACCGAACCUGACAGGAUAGUUGGAGAACUGUUACAACCUGGUGGUUUUAAUGCCCUUAAAGAGUUGGGUCUUGAAGAUACAGUGGAAGGUAUUGAUGCACAACUAGUAAAUGGUUACAUAAUUCAUGACAUAGAGAGCAAGUCGGAGGUAGAAAUUCCUUAUCCAACAUCUGAAGAUGGCCAUGUGGCUAGUGGAAGGUCAUUUCAUCAUGGCAAAUUCAUCAUGGGUCUCCGAAGGGCAGCUAUGGCAGAACCCAAUGCAAAAUUCAUUGAAGGCACUGUGUUGCAAUUGCUUGAGGAAGAAGACUGCAUAGUGGGUGUUCAGUACAAGGACAAAGAAACAGGAGAUAUUAAGGAGCUCCAUGCACCACUUACUGUUGUUGCUGAUGGACUGUUCUCCAAGUUUAGGAAAAAUUUGGUCUCCAACAAAGUUACUGUUUCAUCCCAUUUUGUUGGCUGCAUUUUGAAGGAUACACCACAAUUUAAAGCUAAUUAUGCUGAACUUGUUUUAGCUAAAACUAGUCCAGUGCUAAUCUAUCAGAUUUCUUCAACUGAGACUCGGGUCCUUGUUGAUAUUCGAGGGGAAAUGCCAAAAAAUUUAAAAGAAUUCAUGAUUGAGAACAUUCAUCCACAACUACCUGAUCACCUGAAGGAACCAUUCUUAAUAGCAAUUCAGAAUGAUCGCUUGAGGACUAUGCCAGCAAGCUUCUUGCCUCCUUCAGCUGUUAACAAAAAAGGAGUUCUUCUUUUAGGAGAUGCAUAUAAUAUAAGGCACCCUCUGACUGGUGGAGGAAUGAGUGUUGUUUUAAAUGAUGUUAAAAUAUGGAGAAGCUUGCUGCAGAAUAUUCCAGACCUUUAUGAAGACUCUGACCUUCUUCAGGCAAAAAAAACAUUUUACUGGUCAAGAAAAAAGUCUCAUUCUUUUGUAGUGAAUGUUCUUGCUCAGGCCCUAUAUGAACUUUUUGCUGCUACAGAUGAUUCCUUACAUCAGCUAAAGAAAGCCUGUUUCCAUUACUUUAGACUUGGUGGCGAAUGUGUCUCGGGUCCUGUUGGAUUGCUGUCUGUGUUAUCUCCUAAACCAAUGGUGCUGAUUGGUCACUUCUUUGCGGUGGCAUUAUAUGCUGUUUAUUUUUGCUUUAAGUCAGAGUCCUGGAUCACCAAACCUCGAGCAUUCCUCAGUAGUGGAGCUGUCCUUUACCGGAGUUGUUCUAUAAUAUUUCCACUUAUUUACUCUGAAAUGAAAUACUUAGUCUAUUAAAUGGAAAUGAGGGAAAUAACUGAAGGAAGAAGACAUGAAAGUCACGAUGCCUUUAAAAUCUUUGGACAUGUACUAUUUAAUGUUGUAAAAUGCAAUUUCCCUUUUCAGGAUUUGGCUUGAAUUUGGUUUUGUGGUUAUAUAUCCAUAUAUCAUAUGUAAAUAUACUUUCCUUUGCAAUUUAAAUUUAAAAAUGAGUUAGCUGUUUUCAAGGACCAUAAUUAAGUGUUGGCAUAUGAUAGAUAAUUGCCAGUUUUGUCAAAAAAAUCAUUCCUCACUUUAUCCAUUGCAUAGAGUGCACCACUAAUAAACUGAAAAGUGAAAAAUGUAAACCAUAUGCUGCUAUUAUCCUUCAUGCCUUUUUCUGUUCAAUUGUUCCAUAGACUGCUUCCUUAUUACAGUGAAAUGUUGUAAGAAAAUUCUUGAUUUGUGUUAUUUCAUUGGAAAUAUUUACCUCUGUUCUAGUUCAGUUGUAGCUGAGAUACUAAUCUACUGACACUUAAAAGGACACUGUAAAGGAUUUCAGAUUGUGAAGUGUCACCAUCUCUUUAACUUUGAUCACUGUUGCAGAUGUCCUGAUGCUUUUCUAAAAUCAUUUUUGAACCAGAAUUACUUUAAACAAGUAAUAAUCAAGAUGUAGUUCUGUUGAUUGCUGCAUUGCACCUGGGUAGUGAAAGCACAUAGUUUUGAAACUUUCUUCCUAUCUAUCUCACUCCCUUUUUAAAAGCUUGGGAUGCUUUUUUUGUUCAGUUUCGUUUAUAAACACUGCCACUAAAUGAAGCACAGCAGCAAAUUGUACCCACUGAAACAAUUCAGUCAAGGCUGUUUGCAGGAGACAGUAAAGUAACCUUUAAUAUUACUUCUAAAAAUUCAUGAGAGGUACCAUGAAAGUGUCCUUUUAAUAUUUGGAAUAUAUAUUUUCCAGUAGAGGUUACUGCAUAUGACAAAAGAGUUCAUAUUUUUUACUGUUGGUUAAUAUUCCUCUCUGUGUUAUCUUUAACAAUAUGCUUCCUUUUGUUCUCGUGUAUUUUUUCUUUCUUUCUUACAUUUGCUUUGGUAUCACUGUGGCUUUUCUAUUUUGGCUUGCCUAAACAAUCAUGCAUCAGUGUAGCCAAGAGUUUAGAGAGCAGUAGCAGAUUAUGUUUCUGUACUAGCAAAACUUCGACUGUGUCUUUUGAAAAUGACAGAUUGCAUAAGCUGUAUAUAAACAUAAUUUUUCUGUUGGGUUUUCAAAAAAAAAAAAAAAAAAGAAAACUAUAGAGAGGCAUUUUUAGUAUUUUAUUUGAUGGACAUUUCAAAUGACCAUUUUUUUUCCAGAAGAAACAAAAAUACGUAUAUUUUUCUAACCAUUAUCGCUUUUGAUACCCUCUUGAAAUUAAACAUAGACACAUUCACAACACAUGAAAACUUCAGGGUAAAAUACUAAUAUUUUCAGGUAUCAUUAUACAUGGUAACUAAACAAUGCCCCUUUAAGGGUAUACAAAGUUUGCAGAAUUUAUAUAAGUGUUUUCAAAAUUUUGAUGAUUUUGAAAAUAUUACUUUUACAUACUCCUAUUUUUUAAUAUUAUUUGCAGUCUCUUUAAAAGUCAAAGAUUAACAAUCUCGAGCCAAAUACACACCCUCAGCUAACUUACUUAAAUAAAAAGUUCUGAUAUCUGUAAGAUCUCUGUUGCAUAUUUCUGAGCAAUGAGUUUUUGUAGGUUCUGUAUACAACUGUGCUUAGAACUGAUGUAUAUGUUCGGGUACUUUUCUUUCUUUGGAACCCAAUUUCUGAUUAAAUUUCCUGUCAUGGCUAUAGAAGUAAAUAUUACUCAUUGAAAAUUGUAAGGCGGGGAAAUCUUGUAUGUGUGUGUAAGGAAGAACAUAUACGACUCAUGAAAUGGUUAUAUGUAACUUAUCUUCUGGACAAGAUGAAAGGACUUGAUGAAGUAUCGAACACACAGUAGUGUGUUCCAAUUGUUUGGAACACAGUAGUACAGAAUGUCAUCUGAUAGCUGAAAUUACCCAUGCAUUAAUCCUCAGUAGUGUUUGGAAAAACCAGGCCAGGAUCCUACCCCAUCUCGCCAGCAGGACACAGCAGAGCUUUGUCACGUUGAAGAGCACUUCAGGCAGAACUUCAAGCCUGGCUGUGGCGUUUUUCUCAGAGGAGAGACACGGAAGGAGGAGAGGACAAGGAAGUAAUGAGAGAAGGAAUUUCUGAGCCAAAUGAGGGCAAGAAUAGUAAAGGUCGCAGCAAGUCUUCAGUCAAAACAGCCAAAGAUGGAAUUUAACAACAGCUAGUGCUAGCCAAAGUGUGCAGUAGGGAGUGUAAGAGUUCUGGUUUCUGUUUUCUACAUCUAUAUACAGCAAAGGGAAGCGACAUGCCAGAAAAGAGGAAUCACAGUCAUGACUCAGACUCUGAGAAUGCAAAGAGACUGCACUCACAGACAGCUCACAGGUUAUAUCAUGCAUACAUACAUACAUAUAUGUGUGUGUGUGUGAAGUUAGUUCUAGGGUCUGUACACUGUGAAAUUUUAACACUGUGCUUUAUCCCAGUCAAUGUGCUUUUGAUAAAUGUUGCGGACACAUGAAGGAUCUGCAUCUUCUUGAGUAUCUGGUUAUUCCUGUAUUCCAGGAUGGAUGCAGCUGUGUCUGACCAACAGAGAGGAAGGAGCAAGAGAAGCAGCUAUAUAGUGGUGAGAUUGCGGUUAGGCAGUGCAGGAAAAUUGCUAGUGGGAGGGAGGAGAAGGAGCACUGUAGUUGCCCCCAGUAAGUGGUGUGGAGUCUGGUUCACAGGUAGGAAGUUGAUUUCUGCUUGAAGACAUUUGUCACAUUUCUUGGAGCUUGUCUGAAAAAGUUGCUAGGUACCUGUGUCAUGAAGAUUAAGUGUUUCGGUAUUCUGAGAUUUCUUUUUUGUUUGUUUUGAACAAGCCCUUUACUGGAAAACACAUGACAAUGAGAGGUUUUAAAAACAGCUUUAAAAGCACAACCUACUGCAGGUGUGCAGUGUUGUGAAGAGCAAUGCGUGUUUGGUCUGUGUAUGAGUUUGGUGCUUAUUCUUGUUCCAAUGCAAAAAAGUAAAAGGCCAGAGUGGCGGUGGUAGUUUCCCUCCUCCUAAUCCCUUUUGAUCCCCUGGAACAAUGAGAAGGCACUUGAUUAGUCUUGGAUCGGCUCCUGGAUUUUGUAAUUUAUAACUUGAUUGUGCUUCUGAUUGAUACAGUGGUAGUAUAAUGGGGUGUUGGAAAUCCCAUGCCUCUCCGGAGAAGUGCAUGAAUAGAGGCUUAAAUCUAAUCUGCACCUGCAGAAAAGAGGCGCGCACAGUUUUCAGUAGAUGUAUAUGAUUUGUAUAUGAUGGUGUCCGAUCAUUCAUAAAAGUAGGAGACGUCACACUUAAAACUAUCAUAUUAGUAUCUGUAAUACAUGCAGGGGCAAGGGGGGGAAUAACAACAGGAAACUCAUGCUAUUCCUGGACUGUAUUGCCCAAUCUCUGUUCCAGUUGUUUUUGAAUAACCGCGCUCCAUUUUAGUUACAAUCAAGCUGUUGUACAGUACAUGCUACAUCAGUGCUGUUGCUAGGGUUUCCAAACGUAUGGAAAUCUGAAAAUAUGGGGAUGAUUAAAGCAAAUUGCUCCCUUUCUGGUAAUGCCAGUUCUGCAUUGUUUUUCUCCUUCGUGCCUGUAUCAUCCACCACUGCCUUCCCGGUCGCUGCGGGCUGCCUCCCGGCGCUGCUGCUUGCUUCGCGUCCGCAGCCAGAACCUGCUGCAGCUUAGGCCUCAGUUGCUGCUCUGCAGAACAGGUAGAC